AUGUCUGCCAUCAAGAUACAGAGACUUGCCCUCCCGAAAGGCGUCAACCUCAAGUGCGAAAUAUGCGGCGAGCCGGUUGAAUUUCGGUGCAGCGAAUGCCCUACCUACUACUGGUACGGAACCGAUAACAUGGCUUCUUCACGGUACAUCCUCAUUGACCGACUGGAACAGCGUCGACGCAGUGUUCUUAGCACAAGAGAACACUUUGAAACAGAUUGGUAUGGGGUUCUGCACGAGAUUCACCAAGAUGUCUCAGAGCUACGGGAAGUAUCGAAGCGCGUGGGCACCGAGAAGGAUAGGCAACAAAGGGAGAAAGAAUUGAUUUCCAUUAGGCACAAAAUUUUGGAGAUCAGUCGGGCGACGGCUCAGAAGUUCGUCGUUCAGGGGCGGUACGUCCUCGCGAUAGCAGGCGCCCUUCAAGCGUUGAAAAUGUCGGAAGCUCUGUAUGGCUCUGACUCGAUGGAGGUGGUGUCUUCGCAACUCCUGCUUGCAGAAGUUCACCUUGGACUGCAACGCCUCCAAUCAGCUGAAGAGCUGCUGACAUUGGUCAACUGGUCCCUGUUUAAGCACCCAGAAGCGGGUCAGCGAAUGAGGCCGCACCUGUAUCGCAACAUUGGUCGUCUGCAUUCCGCUCAGCAGCGCCACGAUGAGGCUCUCAAUGCAUUCGCUCUCGCAGCGCAGGCGUUUAGGGAGAGCAAGAAGUCACAUAACUGCGCGAUGCGGUUCUACGCAAAAGUCUGCGACAUUUAUAUCAAGUGGUUUGAUGCUGCGUACAUUCGCAGCUCGCAGCGAGGCGAUACUCAAACUUCUGCGGGCGACAGACACUUGGGUCAGGGAGCGGCAGUUUAUAAUGUGGUGGUCUCCAGUGUCAUAUCUAUCGUUCUCACGGGGUGUUGGCAUGUUGCGAGGGCUCCUGCAGAUGAGAUAGAAAUCCAAGAGGCUAUCGAAAUUAUGCACCACAUCCACCAGCAAACCGAGCAAACGCUGGGCCGUGACCACAGAUGCACAAACGGCGCACGAGCAGCUCUUGGUCUUCUGCAGGCCCACGUCAAAGAAUUUGGCCCCGCUGUCGCAAAUCUCGAGGCAGAGGUCUUAGCAGCGCCACGUGAGGAAGACUAUGCCGGGGCGAGUCAAGAAGAACGACUCGGAAAAGAACUCCUUGCUUUCUUCGGUAUCGAGACAACAUCAUCCCCAGCAGACCUCGACUUCCUUGAGGACCUUGUUGACGAGAGCUAUCAGAGUCUCGUCGCUGAAGAUGCAGACGGAAAAAUUAUUGGGUUUGUAGCUUUGAAUCACUCACCUCGCCUGCUGACGAGUGAAAUACAAACAAAAGAAGAAAGCCUCUCUUCCUUCUUGUACAAAUGGCCUGAAUGGCUUCAAGCAACUUACUCCAUCAACGGCGUGGGGUGCCUGUCAGGUACUGCAACCGAUCGACCGAGGGGAACGCUGACGUCCAGCGGAAGAUGUGAAAGGGACACCGCUCAGUCUACCGCCACUCUGCGUUCUGACGAGCCGCUGAUUACUCCGAGUAACACUCUAUGGAUCGGCUUCCUCGUUUACAGUUCGACUACGGCUAAUGCCGUCCUAGCAUCGAUGGUCGAGGCUACGUUCGCAUCAGCCUUCGAGCUGCGGAACCUUGCAGUCUUCAAUAGAACCGACUACCUGACAGAGAGCCCGGCCCUGCUACCGAAACUGUUCGACACUUUCACUCCUCUCACUCCUCAGCAGAUUUGCCCUAAAGAGGCAGGUGCUCUUACAGUUCACUUCUGCACUCGAGACGACUGUAUAAAGCCUCUGAAGAUACGACCGGCGGAGGUUGAGGAUUACGAUGACCUUGUCAAAGUCUUCGAUUCAGCGACGGAACUCCGGCCGGCGGACUACGGGGAAUUCUUUCUAGCGGAGUUGAUCGGCGGCCAGGAUGAUCGGAACAAGUGCUUGGCUGCAGAGGCGGAUGGAUUCGCAGUUGGCCUGGCAUCCUUUACAACUGAUAUUGACAUCAAUUUCCUAAACAACUGCUUUGAGCUCGAGAACUACGACUUCCUGGUUGAUCGAGAAUACAUGAACAAGAUCAGGACCACAAGGGUCCCCCAACUUCACGAGCUGAACCAAGUGCUGGACAUUAAGGAGGCGCUUAUGUUGAUCAUCUGGCAGGUCCACUUCACAGACGCCUCCCUGAGAUCUGCAUCAGCAAUAACUAUAGGCCAAGCUCUUUCGGCAUUCAAGGUAUUUAUGAGUAUCGACUGUCUUGAGAGACAGCGAGUGGCUUCAUUCCUUCUCGAAAAGUGGGAAGUACUGGCCACACUUUUUGCCAAAGCGGAAUCAAACCCUGGAGGAGGCGGCGGGUACGGAGACAUCCCGUCUCACCGUUUAGGAGAGGUGAUACCGGAGUCGGAUCGAGACAUGUACGACUCCAGCGUCAAACUCUACCAGUUCUGGGAGCUUCUGCUGACUCAGCCUGAGCUCUGCAUGCCACCUGAAGAUAUUUCGAUUCUCCUCCUGUGCCUUCACUGGUGGAGCGACGUCCCGCUGUAUCACCCAGCGGCCGACAUUUCCAAGGAGAGGUUAAAAAGUGCACUUCAGCGUCUCUCUCGAGCGGCCCUGGAGUGUUUUGCAAUGACGUACGGGACUCCGGGAUGGCUUCAAAAGCUCCCAAUAGAUCACAAAAACGCCUUCGCUAUCAAUAUUUUCGGACUGGACAAGCAGCGGCACGCCCAGGCCCUCGAGCUGAUCGUGCCCGCGUUUUCAGUUUUCAAAGACAAGGACUACUGCGUAAUCCUGCAGCCUCCCUCCGCGCCAGUGCUACCCUUUCUGCGUUACUUUAGUCCAGAGAGGAAGAGACAAACGAGUUCUUCCAACCAACUGCUUUUCCUCCUUCACCGGCAGACACUCCUGACCACGCCCCUGUUCAGGGAGAUGCGCGAGACGGAUGUUGCGGCAGUCCUCGAAAGAGCGGCGAGCGUCGGCCUGCGGCUGAGUCAAGAAGCUGUCAUGAACGCCGUUGAGGACCCGAACGCCAACGACUCUGAUGGGGCGGCAAGCAGCUGCGAGGAUGCGAUUGCCGACUCGCUCGCAGCUUCGCAAAUGGGAGAGAAUGAGACGCCAGAAAUCGCCACGAGACCGGAUUCGGCAACAGCAACAGUCUCGCGGAGGUCGAGCAGCAAUCUAGACUGUCCCCCUGAGCGCUUUGUCGUCGUCGGCGUCGCCUGCGGUGAAGCAGUGGCGAUUGCGGAAGUUCGCAUUGUUCACGCCGCAGAGCUACAAGACAUGAUGCUCAAAUACCAACUAGAGCCGUACAUUCUGCAUUACCAGAAGCGGAAAAUGCAGGAGGUACGCGAGGUCCUGGAGGAGCGACGAUCCAGAAGAGAAGCUACACGCAAGUUACGCCGCGUUGUGGCCAUGGACGAAUCUGAACCAGACGAGGAGAUCGAAGCGAAGCUCAGCUACGACGCGUUCGGCGGGCAUGCAGUCAUCGAUGUAUGCCUACUCGACUCCGCAUUUCAGUACCACGAGUCACUGCUUCUUAGAGAGGCUAUGCGCUUAACAGGAGCGAAGCUGCUGCACAUGGUUGUGGAGCCGAAGGGUUUCCUGUUCAAAGACGUGACUCUCCUGGCCCCCGGAGGCCUCCCGCUGGUCAAUCGGGAUGUGAAACCGCUCCUUUCGCAGAGUACGGCUGACUACGAUGAAGCCUCGGAAAUCAGGAGACUGCUGCUCGACCUGCGUGUGCGAGUCGUUGACCGGAGAAUUCACCGGAUCGAUCGGCGAAACAAGUUGAUCUACCUCGAUGCCGGCGGUCGCACGGACAUCAUCGGGGCUUCCAGGCGCUCCGGUACACGUGGCGAAGAGGGACUGUCAACUGAGAAUACGAGUGCGAACGACAAUCACUCAGGCGAAGGUGACCUCGACAGCCCAGUGCUCCCCUAUGACUUUCUCGUCCUGGCCACGGGUAUGCAAGAUGCAGCCCUCCAGUCGAUCGGGUUGAGGAGUUGGGGACUGCAGGAGAUUCACAUGAAUUCCAAGUCACCAACAAUGAUGAAGCACGGUGACCAAACAGGCGCUGGAAGACGCAAGGCCCCAAGUCCGAGAGCGCUUCAACGAGUCAAUGGAUGCAUCUCCUCUGCGGACCCGUGGCUGUACGAUCUUCUUGAGGAAUCAGACAAAGCUUCUCUCAUGCAUUCUGUGGUCCUCCGGCUGAGCCGUUCCUCCUGCCUUGUCACCCACGCAGAGCCGCAAGAUCAAGAGGAUGAGAUGCUCCCCGUUUCGGAAUUCGUCGAAGGAGAUCCGAUGGAAAGCAAGUGCCACGAUCUGCUCGUAAACAUCGGUGUGACGCUUUUGGACGGAUACACUUUGAGAGGCGUGGUUCCAGAUGGACGUGGCCGAUUGAAAUCCAUUUUGCUGGAAGACGCAGGCCUUGAAGGGACAGAGAAAGGCGUCUCCGAAGUUGCUGCGUGCUCCCUCUCGCCGCGCGGUGUCGUUGCCUUCAAAGACGAAGACGACAUCGUCCAGUCUCGGCGAAGUUUUAUGGAUGAGCUUGCGGAUGACUGGCAAUCUGGAGGGUCUGACCAGAGGAACGUAGACAGCGAUAUGUUUGAAGCCAUUCAUCGAAGCGGUCUCGUGUACGAUGGCAGACUCGUCGUCAACCACCGUUUCCUAAUUGGCUGCUAUCUUGCGGCUUCGGUAAUACGGCGCCUCAAUCCUCUCUUUCUGAGCCCUCGCCAUCCGCCGGCUUCUUCGCCGUUCUUCGGAGACCAUCUCCUCGACACGCGUAUCUUACGGCCGCCAAAAGAGUUCCUUGUCCCGUUUGCCUCGGUAGAGGAGUUGUUUGCAGCCCCAACCGUGGAGGAGCUGCAGGCGUACCUCAAUCGCCCGCCGGAUACCGGAAAAGAACGAGGCGACAAGAGUCGGCUGACUUGCCUUCCUCGGUUCAAGUUCCCGCUAUGCGUCCAAGGCGGCCUUCCGGGUGGCCUCAACUUUUACCGUCUUUCCCUUCAGCCUUCGUCUCACUUUCCCCGUGCACCCUCCUCCCCACACUCGCGUUCUCGCUCCUCGUCUUCUGACUCCGCGGCGUCGGUCCACCGUACAGCACGUUCGCGGCUUCUCCCGGCAGCAGCCGAUGAGUCGGGAAACGAAGAAGAACCUGAGAAGAACAACGACAACCGAAUAGCCACCGACACACUUGAACUUAACUGGGGGGAUGCGAUUGAAUCGAACGCUGGCCACGCAGAAACGUGGAAACACCUUCUGUCCGUCGAGGGCCAGAUCACCCAGAUCGACCUCGAUGCUCUGCAACGGAUGCGUCAAUUCAAGUAUCUUGGACCAACGCGACUGCGUCUGGACGCCUUCUUCUUCCUCAUGGGCUUACCUAUUAGCUUCUUUAGCAGGGUUCAAGAAAAGAGACAAGGAGGAGAUGUGGCAGACUUGAUGGCUUUUUUCAGCGAGGACGAACACUGGUUCGAAGCUCUACUUCACUCGCGUUUCUGCGAGAACAACGUGAAGACAACCCUCCCCCGGAAGCGUCGUCAGACCUCCCUGGGUCAGGAGUCUUGUCCCCGAGAAACGGGGACAAGUCCGCCUUGCGCUCGCACAGAGCGACGCCGUCUUCACGGACAGGAACUGCAUCUGAAGUCGGUGGCCCAGAUUUCGAUGGAGGUGACACUGUGGACAGCCAGAAACUCCGCCAGAAAGCAGACCUCGGCGACCGUGGCGACUCUUUCCCAGCAGGAGAAUCUCUUUCCAAACAAAGACAGUUUGAACAAAUCCGUUUGCAAGCAGACCGCUUAG